AUGACGGCUUUGCCGCCCCCAAAUACUGCUACGGAUGUGGUCCAGCGAUGGAAUUAUCCCAAGAGCAAUAUCCCGAAACUUGCGGCUUGCUUUUGGUCCUUCAUCGUCAUGGGAGCUAACGAUGCUGCAUACGGUGCCCUUAUCCACUAUAUCGAGCAGUUCUACGGCCUAACCUACCUAAUUGUGUCCUUGAUCUUCCUCUCCCCCUUCGUAGGCUACACCGUCUCCGCCUUCAUGAAUAAUUACAUCCACUUCAGCGUCGGCCAGCGAGGUGUGGCCUUCAUCGCCGCCGGCUGUCAUCUCGUGGCCUACCUCGUCAUCGCCCUGCACCCACCGUACCCCGUCUUGGUCAUUGCCUUCAUGGUCGCUGGUUACGGCAACGGUCUGGCUGACGCUGCCUGGAAUGCGUUCGUUGGCAACAUGGCCCAGGCUAAUGAGAUUCUCGGCGUCCUGCAUGGGUUCUACGGGCUGGGGGCCGUGCUGUCGCCGUUGAUUGCGACGUCCAUGAUUACAAAGGCUGACACGCCUUGGUAUGCUUUCUACUAUCUCAUGAUCGGUUUCGCUGGCCUAGAGAUCGCAAGUUCCGUCGCUGGAUUCUGGACUGCCACGGCUGCCGAGUACAAGGCUUCCCUAUCGCAAAACGCCGAGUCUUCAAGUAGUAGUCUGCGGGAAGCUCUUCUGAAGAAGCCUUCGGCUCGGGUGACGUGGCUCUGCGCAAUCUUCCUGCUUGGCUAUGUCGGUAUUGAAGUUGCUCUGGGAGGCUGGAUCGUCGUCUUCAUGAUCCAGGUCCGACACAGCGAAAAGUUCGCUAGCGGUAUGACGGCAACUGGUUUCUGGCUGGGGAUUACUAUUGGCAGAGUCAUUCUUGGCUUUGUGACGCCGAGGAUUGGGGAGAAGCUAGCAAUUUCGCUUUACCUUCCAGCAGUCAUGGCGCUCGAACUCCUAUUCUGGCUGGUUCCUCAGUUCAUCGUCUCAGCAGUCGCCGUCAGUCUACAGGGGUUCUUCCUUGGUCCGUUGUUCCCAGCGGCAAUCGUCGCUAUGUCGAAACUCCUCCCUCGGCACCUCCACGUGGGCGCUAUUGGGUUCGCUGCGGCUUUGGGUAGCAGUGGAGCUGCUGUCCUACCUUUUGCUGUCGGUGCCAUCGCGCAGUCUAAGGGUGUCCAGGUGCUGCAACCCAUUAUUCUGGCUUUGCUGGGGGCUAUCUUGCUGGUUUGGCUCGGUUUGCCCAAGUUUGACAAAAAGAAGGAGUAA